AUGACCGACGUAGUGGCCGAGUAUGAGGCGGCCGUGAAGGCAAAGGAGGCGAUCGAGGCCGAGAUCGAGGCUGUGGUAGCGGAACUGACAUCGGGUGACAACCCAGGGCUAAAUGGACCGCUGGUAGAUGCCGAGGGCUUCCCUCGAGCGGACAUUGACGUGUAUCGCGUCCGUCAGCUUCGCCACUCGCUAGCGCUCAAGCAGACAGACCAUCAGACGACUAUGGAGAAGAUCGAGGCCCUGCUGCCAAGGGUUUUUGAGGCUCGAAGCACCGGCAUAGUAAAGACGACGCCUGCAGCUACAGAGGCACAGGUUAAUGAUGCGGCUGAGCGCAUGCAGAAGCUGGAGACUGAGUGGAAACAGAAACUGAGCGAGGUGAAGUCCGAGGAGAGAGACCUGUUGCCUUUUGCAGUGGUCGAAAGUGUGCAGAACGAGUCUCCAGCUGAAAUGGCGGGACUGCAGGCUCAGGACCAGGUGCUACGCUUCGGCACUGCCGACGCCAGCAACCACAGAGAGCUGGCGGCUGUGAGAGACAUCGUACAGCGCAACGUUGGCAGCGGUAUUCGAGUAGUCGUGCGUCGACAGACAGAGAUAUUGGCUCUGGAGCUGACGCCGCAGUCCUGGCGAGGCCCUGGCGUACUGGGGUGUCUGCUGCAGCCCCUGUAG